AUGUCUCAAACAGACUCACGGAUAUUCAAAGCAACGUAUUCUGGUGUACCCGUUUAUGAAAUGCUCUGUAAAGGUGUCGCGGUGAUGCGACGGCAAUCGGAUUCCUAUCUCAAUGCUACCCAGAUUCUUAAAGUGGCCGAUUUUGACAAACCGCAACGCACGCGCAUUUUGGAACGUGAAGUGCAAGUAGGCAAGCAUGAAAAGGUGCAAGGUGGAUACGGAAAAUAUCAAGGCACGUGGGUACCGUUUGAUCGAGGAGUGGCCUUGGCUCAACAAUACAAUGUCGACACUAUUUUGCAACCUAUCAUUGACUUUGUCAAAGGGGAUGAGAGUCCACCGAUGGCACCCAAACACGUUACAGCUGCAUCUCAUCGACCAAGGAAACCUCGCGAGCCACGACGUAAACGCAUACGACAUGUUCAUCAUCAUGACGAAUUGGAGCCUUCAGACGACGAUGUCUCUUCACAAUACAGCGAGAUACAGGAUAAUGAUUCUAUUCUUACAGCAACAGCUGCAACAAAGAGCAACGCAUCCGCCAAUACGGGUCGCACACCAUCGCCACUCGUGGGACGUGAUGGUACACCUGAUCAGUAUAUCCUACCUCCACCACGACGCCCUUACAACAAACGCAAAGCAGCAACAACGACCGCCGCUGCCUAUCCAAGUGAAGAGGAUGAAGAUGUGGAAAUGGAAGACGACAACAAUACGUAUGCGCAAAAGUUACUGCAUCAUUUUGUAUCAGGCAGCAAUACGAUACCACAAAUCCUUGCGCAUCCGCCACGUGAUUUGGAUGUGAAUGUGAUUAUCGAUGAUGAGGGACACACGAGUUUACAUUGGGCAGCAGCCAUGGGACAGAUCCAAACAGUCAAAGUGUUGAUCCAUUUACGAGCGGAUGUGUAUCGCGUGAAUUACAAGGGACAAACAGCAUUGAUGCGAAGCGUUUUAUUCACCAACAACUUUGAUCGCAAGUCAUUUCAUCAUCUUUUGGAAAUGUUACAAAAGACCAUCUUCAAUAUCGACAAGAAGGAUCAGACCGUGUUUCAUCAUGUGGCAUCGACAGCGAGUUGGAAGGGAAAAGUGCACGCUUCACGUUAUUAUAUGGAAUGUCUCAUCGACAAGCUAUCCCAAAACCGAUCGGAGUUGAUCUCUAUUCUCAAUGUGCAGGAUGUCUAUGGCGAUACAGCAUUGACCAUUGCAGCAAGGAUCGGGAAUAAGAAAUUGGUACGGCUCUUGACGGAUGCGGGUGCAAGUACAGAGAUCGCCAAUGAAGAAGGCAUGACAGCCCAAGAUUACCUAAGCGAAGUGGAACGAAGGAUGCUCCUACAAGAUAACCUAGCAGCAGCGGCAACCACCUCCUCUUCUUCACCCAACUUGGCUGUCAACAGCGUGAAUGAACAAGCGGCACGAGCACGUCUUCGACAAAAAUUCGAAUCCAUGUUCAAGAUGAUUUUAUCCAAUGAUCGAUCCGUACCCGCCAUUUCACAGCUCUUUGAUGGUUUUGCUGGCAGCUAUGAAAGGGAUCUCACACAAAAGGAACAAGCUGUCAAGGAGAAAAAGGUGGAUUUGGAAUUGACACACAAGCGACUUGCGGAAACACGGCGUAUCCUUGAUCAAGUACGAUUCGAUCCCAGUUUGCUGGAUGAAGCUGAGGAAGCGGCACAAAAUCUCGAGACCCGGUUACGCAAGUUAAUGCAGUAUAGCCAAAAAGAGAAACUCACACGAUUGGUGCAUGAAUACGAAGAAAAGGAAUUAUCAUCAUCACAACAACAUGACUCAGACCCUGGUGAAGGAUUGGAAAAGACCAUUCAAGAACUUGAAGCAGAAUUGAUCACCUUACAAAAUACUCGCAAGGAUACAGUGGAGGAAUUGGUCAGGCUAAAAGCACAAACCCCUGGAAAACGAUAUCAAGAUUACAAACGCCUCAUCUCCAUGUGUUGUAACGUAGCAUAUGAAAAUGUAGAUAUGAUGUUAUCGCCAUUGUUGGCUUCUUUUAAUGAACGCGAUGCUACAUAA